AUGGUGGGAAGUGGAGCACCGCAGAGAGGAAGUGCAGCUGCAGCUGCAAGCAUGCGUAGGAGGAAGCCUAGCGGGAGUGGAGGAGGAGGAGCAUCUGGUGGUGGUGGUGGUGGUGCAGCGGGAUCCAUGCUUCAGUUCUACACUGAUGACGCACCGGGUCUUAAGAUCUCACCGAAUGUUGUCCUUGUCAUGAGCAUUGGUUUCAUUGCUUUUGUAGCUGUGCUUCAUGUCAUGGGCAAGCUCUACUUUGUCAAGUGA